AUGAAGGCUCUGACACUGGGAAAUGGAGUGGAAAUGCCGGUUUUAGGACUUGGCACCUUACAGGUAAUCGCUCUUAGGCAACAUUUUUUAUGAGCCAUAUCAAAAACAUUGUGCGAAAGCAGGAAGUGCGCCGUGCGUUGGCGACGAAUUCCGUGGACUGCGACACCGCGCGGAUUGCGACCCAAAAUGGGGUAAAGCGACCCCGUGGUGAAAAUUUUUUGAUUUUUGUCGGGAAAAACUUGGCUUAUGGGUUUUCGGGGGUGCUGAUUUCGGGAAUCGUGUUCGUUUUUUCUGAACUUAUCAAGCUCGCGACCUAGGUCAUGACCUAGGUCAAGGUGUUUGCCCAAAAAAACCCCGGAAAUGGACUCAAUGCUUGAUUAAGAUGGUCAAAAAUCCCAAAAAAAAAUAUCAAGCUCACCGAGAAAAAAAGACAAAAUUAUUAUCAAUACAUCAUUUUUAGUCGAGUUCCGAAGAAUGCAUGAAAGCGAUUCAUGCUGCGUUGGACGCCGACCACAGACUAAUUGAUACAGCGUCCAUUUCCAAAAAUGAAGAAGAUGUCGGGAAAGCCUUGGAAGCGUAUUUUGAAACUGGAAAGUUGAGCCGGAAAGAUGUGUUUAUCACUACGAGAGUGAGCUUGGACAAGAAAAUUGUAUUAUCAGUUUGUCGGAAAAAAUAAUGUGGAUUUGUCGCAAGAAAUGCCUUGCCUCGUCGCAAUAGCGCACCAAGUUUACAGCGGCGGCUAGAAAGUGAUGUUGAGCAAUUGAAAGGCGAAUCCACAUUAUUUCCCGGACAGACGAAUAUUUUCGAAACCUCGCCGUUUGGUAGCUGUAUAUUUCCCAUAUUUUAGGUGUGGAGCGAAUUCAAACCUCCCGAAGACGUCGAGAAAACGUUAAGAGAGAAGUUGAAGGCGUUGCGAACGGACUACGUUGACUUGUAUCUGAUUCAUCAGCCGCCAGAGCUUCUGGUAAGUGGAUGAUGUUACUCUAUGUGCACCGGAUCGUUGAAUAUCUCGUGUGAAAAAGAGAUGGGCAAUAUGUUUUUUCCCUCCUCUGACCGCCUUUUGCGCAUUCUCUAGGCCACAAAGGUCUUGGAAUAUCUCGGCUGUGCGUGCAAAGUGCGAGCUAAAAUUUCCAAGGCUUGACAUUUGGCGAGCGUUUGUUGUUUAGAAGUUUGCUGUAUAGAGAUGCACUGUAUUUUUCUUCUAAAUUAUUUAUCUUCCCGAUUCCAGCAAGAGUAUAAAGACACAACCCGCCUCGACAACACCUGGAAGGCCAUGGAAGAGGUCUACAAAAAAGGUUUGGCCAGGUCCAUUGGGGGCUCGAAUUUCUGUGAAUAUCUAGUUGAGAGUAUUCUGUCGAUCUGCGAGGUCCCAAUGCACAUUCUUCAAGUCGAACAGGAUUUCUUCUACAACGACGAAAUAUACACGGCAAUCGAGCUUUGCCAAGACCAAAAAAUCCCCUUAACUAUGUUUGCCCGUCAUAGAACGUCGGGAAUGAUGAGAGUGUUUUAUCAUGGCGAGCGAGGAUGA